GAAUCCGGGUGGUUUGCAAACCCGGAUGUCAGGCUCCUUGUCCUGGAGAUUCUCAAAUCGCUCACCCACAACUCCUCUUCGGCCUCCCCCUGAAAGGAGAGAGCGGGGCCGCGAGCUGGAGGAGCAGGGAGUGUGCGCUGGGCAGCCUCACUGCUCCUGUCCCCACCCCAAAGGCAGGAAUUUCUGGGAUGGGCAGAUGGCUCACCCCUCCUCCUCCUCCUUCCCCAAGCCGCAGUGGGUAGGGCGGGGAAAACCUCCUCGACUUUCCCGCGUCCCAGCCAGAGCCCCGAGUGUCCGUUCACUGUGGCGACAGAGGUGGCGGAGCGGGUCUCCAGGGCCCGGGGGUGUCGAGGCCCCCGGAGGGGUGGGGUCGGAGGAGGCUGCGGAUCCGCCUCCGCGCGGCAGGGCCGGGUGCUUGGGGUGCGGCUCUGGGCUCCCAGGACAAGGGGCGCCCGGCGAGCCCAGUGGUUAGCGAUGCUGCUGUCGCCGUCGCUGCUGCUGCUGCUGCUGCUGCUGGGGGCGCCCAGGGGCUACGCCGAGGACGUGGCGGCGGCGCUCACCCCCGAGCGGCUCCUGGAGUGGCGGGAUAAAGGAAUAUUUAUUAUCCAAAGUGAGAGUCUGAAGGAAUGCAUUCAAGCAGGUAAAUCGGUACUGACCCUGGAGAACUGCAAGCAAGCAAACAAGCACAUGCUGUGGAAAUGGGUUUCAAACCAUGGCCUCUUUAACAUAGGAGGCAGCGGUUGUCUGGGCCUGAAUUUCUCUGCCCCAGAGCAGCCCUUAAGCUUAUAUGAAUGUGACUCCACCCUCGUUUCCUUGCGGUGGCACUGUAACAGGAAGAUGAUCACUGGCCCGCUGCAGUACUCCAUCCAGGUGGCGCCUGACAACACAGUGGUGGCCUCACGGAAGUAUUUUCAUAAGUGGAUUUCUUAUGUGUCAGAUGGUGGAGACAUUUGUGAAUAUCUACACAAAGAUUUGCACACAAUCAAAGGGAACACCCAUGGGAUGCCGUGUGUGUUUCCCUUCCAGUAUAACCAUCAGUGGCAUCAUGAAUGUACCCAUGAAGGUCGGGAAGAUGACUUAUUGUGGUGUGCCACGACAAGCCGUUAUGAAAGAGAUGAAAAGUGGGGAUUUUGCCCUGAUCCCACUUCUGCAGAAGUAAGUUGUGAUACUAUUUGGGAGAAGGACCUCAAUUCACAUAUUUGUUACCAGUUCAACCUGCUUUCAUCUCUCUCUUGGAGCGAGGCACAUUCUUCAUGCCAGAUGCAAGGAGGUGCUCUGUUAAGUAUUACAGAUGAAACUGAAGAAAAUUUCAUAAGGGAGCACAUGAGCAGUAAAGCAGUGGAGGUGUGGAUCGGUCUCAAUCAGCUGGAUGAACACGCUGGCUGGCAGUGGUCUGAUGGAGCACCGCUCAGCUACCUAAAUUGGAGCCCAGAGGUAAAUUUUGAGCCAUUUGUUGAAAAUCACUGUGGAACAUUCAGUUCAUUUAUGCCAAGUGCCUGGAGGAGUCGGGAUUGUGAGUCCACCUUGCCAUAUAUAUGUAAAAAAUAUCUAAACCACACUGAUCAUGAAAUAGUUGAAAAGGAUGCGUGGAAAUAUUAUGCUACCCACUGUGACCCUGGCUGGAAUCCCUACAAUCGUAAUUGCUACAAACUACGGAAAGAAGAAAAGACCUGGCAUAAGGCUUUGCGUUCUUGUCAGGCUGAUAACAGUGCAUUAAUGGAUAUAACCUCAUUAGCAGAGGUGGAGUUUCUUGUAACCCUCCUUGGAGAUGAAAAUGCAUCAGAAACAUGGAUUGGUUUGAGCAGCAAUAAAAUUCCAGUUUCCUUUGAAUGGUCUAAUGACUCUUCAGUCAUCUUUACUAAUUGGCACACACUUGAGCCCCAAAUUUUUCCAAAUAGAAGCCAGCUGUGUGUCUCAGCAGAGCAGUCUGAGGGACACUGGAAAGUCAAAAAUUGUGAAGAAACACUUUUUUACAUUUGUAAAAAAGCAGGCCAUGUCCUCUCUGAUGCUGAAUCAGGAUGUCAAGAGGGAUGGGAGAGACAUGGUGGAUUCUGUUACAAAAUUGACACAGUCCUUCGAAGCUUUGACCAAGCUUCCAGUGGUUAUUACUGUCCUCCUGCACUUGUAACCAUUACAAACAGGUUUGAACAGGCUUUUAUUACCAGUUUGAUCAGUAGUGUGGUAAAAAUGAAGGACAGUUAUUUUUGGAUAGCUCUUCAAGACCAAAAUGAUACAGGAGAAUACACUUGGAAGCCAGCAGGGCGGAAACCCGAGCCGGUGCAGUACACACACUGGAACGCACACCAGCCCAGCUACAGUGGUGGCUGUGUUGCCAUGCGAGGAAGGCAUCCACUUGGUAGCUGGGAAGUGAAGGACUGUCGGCACUUUAAGGCAAUGUCCUUGUGCAAGCAGCCAGUUGAAAAUCAGGAAACAGCAGAGUAUGAAGAGAGAUGGCCCUUUCACCCCUGCUAUUUGGACUGGGAGUCAGAGCCUGGUCUGGCCAGCUGCUUCAAGGUAUUUCAUAGUGAAAAAAUUCUGAUGAAAAGAACAUGGAGAGAAGCUGAAGCAUUUUGCGAAGAAUUUGGAGCUCAUCUUGCAAGCUUUGCCCACAUUGAGGAAGAGAAUUUUGUGAAUGAGCUCUUACGUUCAAAAUUUAAUUGGACAGAAGAAAGGCAGUUCUGGAUUGGAUUUAAUAAACGAAACCCACUGAAUGCUGGCUCGUGGGAGUGGUCUGAUAGAACUCCUGUUGUCUCUUCAUUUUUAGACAAUAAUUAUUUUGGAGAAGAUGCAAGAAACUGUGCUGUUUAUAAGGCAAACAAAACAUUGCUGCCCUUACACUGUGGUUCCAAACGUGAAUGGAUAUGCAAAAUCCCAAGAGAUGUGAAACCCAAGAUUCCCUUCUGGUAUCAGUACGAUGUACCCUGGCUCUUUUAUCAGGAUGCAGAAUACCUUUUUCAUACCUUUGCCUCAGAAUGGUCGAAUUUUGGGUUUGUCUGUAGCUGGCUGCACAGUGAUCUUCUUACAAUUCAUUCUGCACAUGAGCAAGAAUUCAUCCACAGCAAAAUUAAAACGCUAUCAAAGUAUGGUGCAAGCUGGUGGAUUGGACUUCAAGAAGAAAGAGCUAAUGAUGAAUUUCGCUGGAGAGAUGGAACACCAGUGAUAUACCAGAAUUGGGACACAGGAAGAGAAAGAACUGUGAACAAUCAGAGCCAGAGAUGUGGCUUUAUUUCUUCUGUAACAGGACUCUGGGGUAGUGAAGAGUGUUCAGUUUCUAUGCCUAGUAUCUGUAAGCGAAAAAAGGUUUGGCUCAUAGAGAAAAAGAAAGAUACACCGAAACAACAUGGAACGUGUCCCAAAGGAUGGCUAUAUUUUAACUACAAGUGCCUUUUGCUGAAUAUCCCCAAAGACCCAAGCAGUUGGAAGAACUGGACACAUGCUCAACAUUUCUGUGCUGAAGAAGCAGGGACCCUGGUCGCCAUUGAAAGUGAAGUGGAGCAAGCCUUCAUUACUAUGAAUCUUUUUGGCCAGACCACUAAUGUGUGGAUAGGUUUACAAAAUGAUGAUUAUGAAACAUGGCUAAAUGGAAAGCCUGUGGUAUAUUCUAACUGGUCUCCAUUUGAUACAAUAAAUAUUCCAAAUCACAAUACCACUGAAGUUCAGAAACACAUUCCUCUCUGUGCCUUGCUCUCAAGUAAUCCCAAUUUUCAUUUCACUGGAAAAUGGUAUUUUGAAGACUGUGGAAAGGAAGGCUAUGGGUUUGUAUGUGAAAAAAUGCAAGAUACUUCUGGACAUAGUGUAAAUACAUCUGAUAUGUAUCCAAUGCCCAAUACCUUAGAAUAUGGAAACAGAACUUACAAAAUAAUUAAUGCAAAUAUGACUUGGUACGCAGCAAUAAAAACCUGCCUGAUGCACGGAGCACAGUUGGUCAGCAUCACAGACCAGUAUCACCAGUCCUUCCUCACUGUUGUCCUCAACCGGCUAGGAUACGCCCACUGGAUUGGACUGUUCACCACAGAUAAUGGUCUUAAUUUUGACUGGUCUGAUGGCACCAAAUCCUCUUUCACUUUUUGGAAAGACGAGGAGUCCUCCCUCCACGGUGACUGUGUUUUUGCCGACACCAACGGACACUGGCAUAGCACAGCCUGUGAGUCAUUUCUGCAAGGUGCCAUUUGUCAUGUGCCCCCUGAAACAAGACCGUCUGAACACCCAGAGUUGUGCUCAGAAACAUCUAUUCCCUGGAUAAAAUUUAAAAGUAAUUGCUACAGUUUUUCUACAGUCCUAGACAGUAUGAGUUUUGAGGCUGCUCAUGAAUUUUGCAAAAAGGAAGGUUCUAAUCUUUUAACAAUCAAGGAUGAGGCUGAAAAUGCAUUUCUCCUAGAAGAGCUGUUUGCUUUUGGUUCUUCUGUCCAGAUGGUUUGGUUGAAUGCUCAAUUUGAUGGUAACAAUGAAACCAUAAAGUGGUUUGAUGGAACUCCCACAGACCAGUCAAACUGGGGCAUUCGGAAGCCAGACACAGACUACUUCAAGCCCCAUCAUUGUGUUGCCCUGAGGAUCCCGGAAGGAUUAUGGCAGCUAUCCCCGUGUCAAGAAAAAAAGGGCUUUAUAUGUAAAAUGGAGGCAGAUAUUCACACUGCAGAGGAGCUGCCAGAAAAAGGACCAAGUCACAGCAUCAUUCCUCUUGUGGUAGUCCUGACACUCAUAGUCACUGUGGCCAUUUGCACGCUUUCCUUCUGCAUCUACAAGCAUAACGGUGGUUUCGUCAGGAGACUUGCAGGGUUUCGGAAUCCUUACUAUCCUGCAACCAACUUUAGUACAGUACAUUUAGAAGAAAAUAUUCUCAUUUCUGAUCUUGAGAAGAGUGACCAAUAAUAAUGAGGUCAGAGAAUGCCCCAGCCACCAGGAUGACACCUAAAGGUGCAAAAAAAAAUCCGUCUCUGCACACUACCAAACAGAGGGGGCGUCUGAACAAAGCAGACCCUCCUGACCACAGGCAAGGACCAGAGAGCUUGGUGAAACUGGUGCUCAAAGUAGAAAUUGCCUGUGGUUGCUGCUGCAACUUGUGCUAAAUGUCCCAAGCGAAAUGAAGGGAGAAGAAAGAGAUAUUAAGCAACAAGACCUACUUGUUUAUGCAUGGCUUUAGAAGAUAAUCUGUAAUUGCAUAUUAAUAAGUAAAGUUAAUGUUACACUUAAAUAAUAACCUAUAUGUGUUACUGCAUUUGAAUCACUCUUAUCUGACUUAUUUGGUCAGGAAAUCAAAAAAGUCAGUUAAAGGAAAGAGUCAUAAGAAUUGUUUUAACAUUAAACAUUUUAUUUUCUAUUAGAACACAAAAACAUACAUUUAUCCAUUAAUCUUUUGGUGUAGGGACAAUGUCAUUCCUUUUAUAUUCCUUCUUGUUGGUUUUAUGCAUAAAGUGUAUCUAUAAGGUGUU